AUGGAGAGCGCAAGGCAGUCGCCGCGGAUCAUCCGCGGCGACUGCCCGCGGAUGUCGAAGCGGAUCCGGCGCGCGCAGCGACGCGACGGGGCAGACGAGGCCGUCGCCGCCGGCCUCGGCCGCCGCCAGCCGCCGUGGCAGCCGGACCCGGGCGCGUGGCCCAGUGCGCAGGGCGGCGCGCCCGCGGGCGACGCCGCGGCGGGCCCUCGGGAGGCGUCCAACUACUUCGUGGUCGCGCGCCUCGGCCGCGACGAGUUCUGGACUGAGGCGGGCUCGGGGGGGCCGGACCUGGGCCAGCUGGCGUGGACUGGCGGGAACAGGUGCGCCUUCGCCCGCGCCGGUGGCCGCCCUAGCCUCUCCUUGGAGCUCCGCGCCUCCUGCGGCCCGCGCGGCGAGCGCUCCCUGGGCGAGGCCGAGGCGCGCCGCCUGGCCGCCGCCUGCCUGCGCGCGCUCGCGGCGAGGCUGCUGUGCGCGCUCGCGGCGAGGUGCGUCUCGGAUGUCUCAGUCACGGCCAUGCUGGAGCACAAGAGGUGUGCUGGAGCACAGGGGCAGCGGGACCGGGUGGACAUCGCAGCAGCCGUGGGCAGCGGGAAUAAUUACGGGCGGCCACCAGAGCACUGGAACGACCAGGGGCAGCGGGACCGGGGAGCGCUUGUGCAGCGGGCUGCGCGAGCCAACGCUGGCCUCCUGCCCUCGGGCUCGGCCCCAACGCCUCGCCGGCCGCAGCGGACCGCGGGCCCGCCCCCAGCGCCCGCGGCGCGCCGCGAGCCGGCGGCGUCGGCGCCCGCGGGCGGCCCCCGCCGCGCGGCGCCCCGCGGCGACGGGGCGGCGCGGGGGCCGCAGGGCGACGGGCUCUGCGCCGCGGGGGUCGGCGCCCAGCAGCUGCGCUGGUGCGCCCGGCGUGGCGGUGCGGCCAGUGGCCUGCGGUACCCACGGUACCCCAGCGUGGCGCGAAGGCGGGGGGCCCGCGUGUGGUCGGCGGGCGAGCCCUCCCUUCACAAUGGCACCGACGAGAGCCCGCCGCUCCUGCUGUCCAUGGUGGGCGAGGUCUUCGACGGCGGCGCCUACCGCGACUUCAGCGGCAGAGACAGUUCGCGGGCGAUGGCCACGGGGGAGUUCAAAGAGGCCAGCCUGCUUCAGAAGUUGCGCGAGACGGAGGCCGCCCAGCAGCGGAAUGACCAGCUGGUGAGCCAGCUGAAGAGGCGCUUCCGGGGCUGCAACCGGCGCACCAAGGGGAAUAACGGGACCGAGAGCUGGCGCGAUGACACGUACCACGGUCUUUGCAGUUGGCCCAGCUGCCUGUUCUUCUCGCUUCCUGGCAGGCGCAAGGAGGAGGCCUACUGCGCGUGCGCCGCGCAGCCGGCGCGGGAGGAGGUGGAGACCGAGCAGGCGGAGCUGAGGGCGAGGCCGCAGGCGGGGAGUGCCCGCGCGGGGCUCAGAGAUGAGGGGGAGAAGGAGGCCCAGAAGCUGGCAGCAGUGCGUCAACACCGGCGCCGCAACAACGGACGUUCCAAGCACGGGCAUGGCCACUCCGCCAUCGUCCGGUGCUGCAACUGCGGCCGGUGCGUACCCAAGGACAAGGCCAUCAAGCGCUUCCAGGUCCGGAACAUGGUCGACGCGUCUUCUCAGCGCGACAUCCGAGAUGCCAGCGUGUACCAGACUUUCAUGCUCCCUAAGCUCUACAUGAAGAUGCUCUACUGCGUCUCCUGUGCGAUCCACGGCCGCGUGGUCAGGGUCCGCAACAAGGUGCUCCGCGCCAGCCCGGAGGGCCGUAUCUACGUGCGCCCGACCUUCGGCAAGGGAGGCGGCAAGGGCAACUAG